CCGCUUCUAGUAUAGAAUAUUCUUUCGAAAUGGCCGAGUUGGCGCUCGCUGUGGCGCCUAUUGCGUACAAAGCAUUGGUGGGAGCGUGGGGGGCAUUGGAUGAUGCCCUGAGCUUCUCCGAAGACACCGAAGACUUGCUGCUCCGACUCGAAAUCCUACGGGCUCACCUGAGCAUCUGGGCAUCAUCAUCCAAGCUCAGCAAUGGAACGUUGCUGCCUAGCCUGCUUCCCUUUGACGAACCUAUCGCAAAGACCCUGAAUCGUAUCCGCAAACUCGUUUCCGACGCUGAUCAAGUUGGAAAAGAAUACGGUCUUGUCUGGGAGGAGCGCGGAGAGUCGAAGCAGGGAGGAGCGAUCAUUCGCAUGUGCCGAAGCUUACAGGCAGCAUUAGCAAAUUCUAAAACAAAGUCGAAACUUGGAGAGCUUCUAGAGCAUGAGGUAUCAAGACAGGAGACCCUGGAGAGGAAUGAGACCACCGUGUCCAAGCGCUUGUCCUGGGCUAUCCGCGACAAGAAAAAAUUUAAGCGCUUUGUCGGAAUUCUCGAAACCCAUGUGGAUGGCCUUCACAAGCUCCUCUUAGAAUCAGAACGGAAAGAAGUUCAACGGGAAGAAACCCGCUUUGGACUUCAAGUCAUUCAAGGAUUAUCAGAUAUGGAGUCGCUCUCGCAUCUACAGAAUGCUCCAGGCUGGUACCAAGGAUCAUCAGAGAUCGACGUCAGUUGCCUUGCGCAGUGGAAGGCCAUAACCCUCAACAGUGCCUCUACAGACGGACUUGGUUUGCUCCGGGGCGAUGGGCUGAAUUUGGCAAGUCUCAGCCCUUCAGACCGCAUGAAAGUCCGCUUUAUCAAGAGAGGACAAGUAGAUUAUGAUUCUUGCUAUCUCUUUGAGAAAAAAGAAUAUGAUAUGAACAUCACCGACAUUGACAAGGACCUCUUAAAAGAGCGAAUUCGAAAGCUGAUAUCUCUCCUUAGCGGUACUCGGGCUCAGGUCCACCUACAUACUCUACAGGCUGUCGACUAUAUGGAUGAUCCAGGAUUCCACUGCUGGUGGAUAAUUUUUCGCUUCCCGCUCCUCAUAAUUGGCACAUUUCCCAGCGAUAGUGAACCACUCUCUCUAAGGAAACUCUACACUUCGCCAUGGAAGCCUCCGCUGGAGCAAAGAUAUGCAUUGGCGAAGCGACUAGCAGGCACCUUUGAAAAGUUGUAUGGCAGCAAUUGGAUGCACAAAAGCAUCAACAGUAACAACAUUAUUUUCCCUCAGCUCUCCAAUCCAGAAUUCAUCCGAAGUUUUCGAUCACUCAAUUCAGCUCUGAUCCAGGGGUUUGGAUACUCGCGCCAGCAUACAGAGACUCAGACCAUUGAUCGAGGAAAAGUGCUGGGAGAUCUCGAGUCGGCCAUAUACCGCCAUCCAAACUACCAAGGCGAGGCUGCUAGCGGCUACAAGAUCCACUACGAUAUAUAUUCCCUAGGACUUGUUUUCUUAGAGCUUGGUAUUUGGGCCCCUCUUAUGGACUUCCUAGCCGCUAUACCUAGAGUGAAGCCUCCCGUGGAUUUAUCACCCACUAUGGUACAUUUUCACCAUCUCGAGGCAGAGGAACUUCAGAGAAGAGUAGACAUUCGGGUAGAGCAUGACCUACCAUAUCGCGUAGGAACAAAGUAUACGGAGGUUGUUAGAUGGUGUCUGAAUUUAAAAGGACCCGUUACGCCGAUUGAAUUCUACAACGCAGUUUCCAUUCCACUAGGUGAGCUUUGCAGUUAGAAAGUGGGAUCCAAAAUGUUUCUGCACUCUUUUCCUAUUCUUCUUUGUUUGAGCAGAAAGCAGAUUUUAUACACAUAACUUGGUUUAGCAACUUCCAAGGUAUGUAAAUAGUGAGUUACUCUAAAGGGAAGUAGCUAAAUGAGUUUAUAGCACAUGUUUAUUACCUCUUAGAAAUUAUUCAGCAUGCCCCCGUUUUUUUUAUAGAUCUCUUUGGAUCAAAGAUCUUGUACACGAUCAAGAAUAAUCUCUAGGAAUAUAUGCCUUAAGGGAGUACGGGCAAGUGCGUGGGUAAAGCAACACCGCAUUUGUAUACCCCUUG